UCCCUAUCCCUAUCCCUAUCAUUUCCAUUCCGACCCAUCCCGGCCCCGCAGCGCCCUCUGCCGCCGCAGUUCCGCCUCCCUGCGCCGUUCGGUGCUGGGGGCAGCGCUGACUCAGCCCCCUAUGGGGGACGGCCGCCCCUCCCCGCCCUCAGCCCCAUCUCGGGCCCCGCAGCCCCGCGUUGCUCCCACCCCAGUGACCCUCCGGCCCCUUCGGCGUUUCCCAUCUCCUCGACGGGACCUUGGAGCGGCUGCUCCGCCAGUUAAUGGUUGACAGAGGCUGUUUGUUUUUCCCCUCUGCACUUUUUCCCAUUAAAUUUGGGUGUCGGGAUCGACCAACGACGCCCGGAGCCGCUCCGUGGGGGUGUGCGGGGCCGCGUGUCCCCCGCCCGGCAGCUCACGGCCCGCGAAGGGAACGAUAAGACGGGACGGGCCGUGGGGCGGUGCGUUGACCCCAAGGCACGGCGAGGGGAACGGGACACACCUGCGGCGCUGGAAAGGAGCAGCGGAGCGGUUUGGGAGGGGUGGGCGGCGACGGGGCGGUAUAAAGUCCGGAGUGCAGCUUCGACCGCUGCGUCGGGAGGUGUGCGGGACCGAGAGCUUCGGCCGUCCCGUCGGUGAGGCGUGAGGAGCCAUGAACUGGGCCGGCCUCUACGCGGUGCUGAGCGGGGUGAACCGCCACUCCACCGCCAUCGGGCGCAUCUGGCUCUCCGUCAUCUUCAUCUUCAGGAUCAUGGUGCUGGUGGUGGCAGCCGAGAGCGUCUGGGGGGACGAGAAGUCCGCCUUCACCUGCAACACGCAGCAGCCGGGCUGCAACAGCGUCUGCUACGACCACUUCUUCCCCAUCUCGCACAUCCGCCUGUGGGCCCUGCAGCUCAUCCUGGUCACCACGCCAGCCCUGCUCGUGGCCAUGCACGUGGCCUACCAGCAGCAUCAGGAGAAGAAGCUGCUGCUGAUGACGGGCCACGGGGACGCCAAGCACCUGGAGGAGGUGAAGAAGCACAAGAUGCGCAUCGCGGGAUCGCUGUGGUGGACGUAUGUCUGCAGCGUGGUCUUCAGGCUGCUCUUCGAGGCCGUCUUCAUGUACCUCUUCUACAUGAUUUACCCCGGCUACCAGAUGGUGCGGCUGGUUAAGUGCGAGGCUUAUCCCUGCCCCAACACCGUGGAUUGCUUCGUCUCACGGCCCACCGAGAAGACCAUCUUCACCGUCUUCAUGCUGGUCACCUCCAGCGUCUGCAUCGUGCUCAACAUGGCCGAGUUGGUUUACCUGGUGGUGCGGGCCUGUGCGCGCCGCAGCCGUCACAACUCCAACCCUUCCUCGGGGAAAAGCUCCUUCUACGGCCACAAGCUUUCCUCUGAGUACAAGCAGAACGAGAUCAACCAGCUGCUGACGGAGCAGGACGGAUCCCUCAAGGACAUGCUGCGCCGCAACCCCAGCCUGCAGGAGAAGGGAGACCGCUGCUCUGCGUGUUGAGCCCCACACCGCCCCACAGCCCUGGGGAGGGCACACGCUGCCCUCGUAUUGUGUGAUGCACGCCCAGUGCCGACCCUCCUGGACAGCGGGGAUGGGGAGGGCAGGGCUGCCGCUGCGUGCUCGGGCCAUUAAAUGUCCAUUCUCAGGUGCUGCCUCCCUGCUUCGUGCUCCGGGUGGGGAUGCGGUGCCAGCAUGGGGUGCCUAUCCCUGAGCAGAGAGGAACAGUUCUGGGUGCACCCAGGCUACCACUGCCCCAUGAGCAGGGCUGCCCAGCCCCAUACCCGGGGCUACGGUCCCCAGGUGCAGUUGUGGUUGCAGUCACAGUGUCCCAGCAGCACGCGUGCAGGAGCGGUGACCCUCUGGUGGCAUUGAGCACCAGCCCCUGCAGCCCCACAGUAUAUUUAGAAAAGUGCCCAGACCAAAAAUAGAGGGGAAAAUUUUCCCCCAGUGGCUGCUUCAUCUGCCAAUCACAAAAAAAAAGCCAAUGGAGCCUGCAGCUGCAUCACGACCCGCUAACCCUCUGCCCACCAUCGGGUGGACGGACGGAAAGACAGACAGACAGACGGAACCGGGUAGACCUGUCUGCACUGUGAUCGCUGGGGAAGCGGCCUUGGAGCAUCCCACACCUCUCUGGUGACAGCGUGGGAGCACCCACAUACCCACAACGGUGAGGGGUCCCCGUGCAGGCGGUGUCCCCACGGCAGCCAUGCCCACCCCACUGCUGGGGCUGCUCC